AUGGAGAACAAUGCGAUGAAGAGACUUGAAGAGAUCAAAUCUUCCGAUCUUAUCGAGAAUCGGGUUCAACUACUCACACGGCUCGGUCAGUUAGAUGUCGAACAGAAUUCUGAUGUGCCCUCUUUUGUGGAAAGCUUAACAACACUCUGGGAAGACUUCACAUGUCUUGACGUUUCCCAGUGUUUGUUGAACAAGGCAAUUAUGCCUGUGGCUUCAAAAUACCUUGCUUUGGAUCGGCCUGACUGCUCUCAAUACUUUCUUGCUUUUGGUAUUAAGGUAAGCCAAUGGUGUGCAAAACAUUUAAACAUGUCCGUUAUGUCGAUGGAGGAGUCUCAAGAGGAAGAGCAUUCCAACAUUUUCUUUCAGCUUCUUUUGGAUUAUCUUCGCUUUUCUGCCUCAAGCUUUACUGCUAUUGGGAAAACCUGUGUCAUGAGUGAUGACGCCUCAGUUGGUACAGUCCAUAAGUUUGUUUCAGAGCAGCUGAAUUUGACAAAGGAGGUGAUAUUGAAUGCCAAGCUUUUCACCUUUCUUUUGAGACAGAAAGUCGAAUCCUUUUCCGCAGAGAUUUUAAAGGCUGUGCAAGUGGUAAUUGACUCUAUUGUUCGUCUGUGCAUAAAUGAAAUCAAGACGAGCGGAAAUUUAGGAAAGGCAAGGGUGGAGGAAGGCAACACUGUGUGUGAUUUUGUAAGCAUAAUUGCGCUGGGAGUUAAAUCCCUGAGUGAAUUGGGUAUGCUUGCUGCAAGAGAUGGUGGCAAUCUUGUGACCAUUCUUAAUACAUCAUGGAAGGGUGUGAUUACAUUGCUUCAGAUAGACAAGCAGGCAUUGGUAUCUAAGGUAGAUGUGGGAGAAAUCAUCAUAAAGCUAAUAUUACUGAUCAAGGAGUCUCUGAGAUUUGCUGCUGAGGGUUGGUCUGGAUCGGUGAAGGAUAGCAUAUCUGCAACAGAAGCCAGAAGGGUCUUUCUUCCUGUGAAAUUUUAUCUUAUCAAUGCUGUUAAAGUUGUGGCGCUGUUUCCAAGCCAGGCGUCUACAGUGUUCAAGGAAAUAGCACUCUGCAUCUUGAUGAUCUCUGCUUUUAAAGUUUCACUGAGCCAAGAAACCCAUGCCAAAUCAACCAGUGAAGUAAUGACUGAUCUUCUAGAGAAAACAACUGUAGAUCUUCUAAGUGCAUUGUUGAACGCAGAUGAACUACCGCAAGAAUUCAGGCUCACAGUUCUUGAUUCACUGUUCGUGGAUGAUCCAGGUUUCUCAAGCCAUAUUUGUAAGAAACAGAGACAUGAUUCUCAGACAAAAACAUCGUUGGUGGAUAUCUUGUCUUUAUCUCUUGAAUCCGCGACAAGUGCCAAAAUUUUGCUCAUGGGCCGAGUUGUAUUGUUCCAGUCUCUCAUGAGGUAUUCUUCUGAACUUGGCGAAGAUGCAAAGCUUGCAAUCACCAUGAAGCUGCAGUGGCUUCUCGACAUAUUAAUAGAUGAAGAGGUUUACUCUUCAGUCCUUUCCUCUCAGCUACCAAGAGCAGAUGGUUCGGGGAAGACAAUGAUCUGGGAAUCGAUGUUUUCAGCUCUGCUUCUGUCUCUCAAAACCCUUAUGAUUAUACUGUCUUCAACUCCUGCCUGGAAAGAGGUUGAAACAUUCUUACUCCAGAAUCUCUUGCAUCCUCACUUCUUGUGUUGGCAGAUAGUCAUGGAACUGUGGUGCUUCUGGGUUCGUCAUGCCACUGAGAAUUUGAUGGCUGAUAUGAUCGACAAACUUUGUACAUUCAUGAUCUCAAUGUCAUCAUCAGAAACACCGCUUUGUCCUGAUUCAGUUCUCAGAAGAACUACAAAGUCUAUCUGCUUUCUUCUCACUCACAGCCCCAAAUCUUUAACAGCUCGAGUUUACGAAAACAUUUCCAUUGAGAGCAGAUCUGAUACUGCACCAGAUGUAUAUCUAGCCUUGCUGUUAGAUGGAUUUCCACUGAAUUUUCUUCCAGACAGAGUCAAAAACGAUGCGAAGAAGCAGAUCAUUGCAGAUUUCUUCGAUUUCAUCGAGAACUUCAAAGAGAAAACAUCAAAUUCCUCAAAAUACACAGUGCUUGGAGCUCCUGUUUUCGCACUCUCUACUUGUCUUCAGAUACUAAAGACGAGCAUACCAGAGAUUGACUCGAAAACUCUGAACUUUGUCGUCGAUCUCAUACACAAGUACAGAAACUCCAGAGAAGAGACGACAAGAGAUCGUUACAGUGAGAUUCUCAGCGAAACACUAUCAAUCAUCGCAAGAAGCGAGCUGUUAUACACUUGCCAAGAGAUGGAUAAUGUCAUAACAGAGCUUCAAGAGCUUUUCAUUUCAGAAACCGAUCAUCUUCUUCACAAAUCCAAGCCAAACCUUGCUCUCUUCUUAUCAGGACUCAGCAAAUACGAGAUGUCUGAAACCGAAACCUGUCCAAAGAGUCGUGCGGUCUGGGAACUAUACCAUUUGCUUCUCAAGAAACGCCAGUGGGCUUUGGUACACCACGCGGUUACUGCAUUUGGAUACUUCUGCGCACGUACGAGCUGUAAUCAGCUAUGGAGAUUCGUACCUGAAGACGCGGCUCUAGCCUUCGAUAUAGCUUCUGGAAAAGAAGCAAAAACAGAACGGUUCAUGUUGGAACUAAAGAUGUUCUUGGAGAAAGAACAAGCGCUUCUCUCGAUUACAACACCUUCACAAGAAGAACUCGAGUUACUUGUGAAAGAAGGCAAGGAGGUUAAGGCAACAAUAGCGAAUAAGCUUCUAGAAGUAAGAAACCAGAGACCAAUGGAAGUAGAGAAACGACCGAACAAGAGAAGGAAACUUCCGGAAGGAAUAUAUGGAGGAGUGGAGUUAUUGCAGAACGGAAUGAAGAAGUUCAACGAAGGUUUAAGUGAAUUGAGAUCUGAUGAAAAUGAGAGCCAAGACUUUGUAAAGAGUUUAUGGAAUCAGUUUUCGUGUCUUGAAGACUUGGUCUCUCAUUUGGUAAGCCUCGCUGCUUCGGACUAA